AUGAAGUGUGAAACUUCCAAACGUGCCUCAAGAAAAACAGAGAAGAAAACUACUACCGUGGGUAGUGAAGAAGAAGGCGGUAUAGCUAAUGCUGCCGUAAAUAAUGUUCAUAACAGCGAGGACCGAGCAGUUACUGGUGAAAGUAACGUGGCAAGCACGAGUUCCUCGACUCCUGGAAUUGUGGAGGUAAUGACAUUAUUAAAGUCAAUGAAAGAAAACCAAGAUAGUCAAGACAGAAAAAUUGAAAAGAUGAACAGUCGUGUGAAUGAACUGUAUUAUGGUGACAUGACUGAGUUAGAAGAAGAGGAGUUGUUACUGCCUCCUAUAUUAAACCAGUCUUCUGAUGUUGAAGUUGAGAGGGAUUCGUGUGAACCCCCGAGUAAAAAACGUAGAGAGGAUGGUGAAACCUCUAGAUUUAGACAACUCGGGGUUAAAUAUAAAGUCACAGAAGAUUGUGAUGAAAAUGUUGAUGAGGAAUUGGCAGCUUUAAUAAAUGAACUCUUCAGGGAAGGAUUGAACGAUGAUUAUUUUAAUGAACUUUUGAAGAGUAUAAAAAGGCCUGAAAAUUGCAAAUCAUUGAUAAAAACUAGAGUUAACCAGGCUAUGUGGAGCAUUCUAAAUCCAGAUACACGUAAUUGUGAUGCAAAAUUUCAGGUUAUUCAAUCAGCUGUAAUUAAAGCAUCAGUGAACUUGACAAAGUUAGCAAGUAAACUCAAUGAAAUGGAUACUGACAUUGUUGAAGGUUUGCAAAGCCUGAUAACUUUAGCUACAGAUAGUUUAGCCUUAUUGGGGCAUAAAAACAAAUUGAUAAAUGUUAAAAGAAAAGAACUUCAUAGACCUGAUUUAGGUAGAGAGUAUUACCAUUUAAGUUCACCUUCCUCGCCUUUCUCAGAAUUUUUAUACGGUGAUGAUGUGGCAAAAUCAGUAAAAGAGAUUCAAGAUGUGAACAGAAUAAGUAAUAAAGUACAUGGAAAGUUUCACAGAGGAAAUUUCCGAGCGGGAUCAUCUUUCAGAGCUCGAGGACGUCCCUAUGAGAGCAAGAACCCAAAGAACUAA